CACGACAGCUUGCAGGCUGCUGCCUCACAGUAAACAAUGGACGAACAGAGUUGAUUUCCGAUACUGGGUCUCGCUAUUUUCCACCCGACUAAAUUUUUCUCUAUUCGCCAUUUGCCGCACUGCAAGAUAGAAACGUGGAGAACACACCAUGCUCCGUCUGAAUGGAAGGCGAACGGAUGCGAUGGAUACCGUUCAAGAGGGAAAGACGUAAUUUAUACUAUUCAACUAACGUUUGGACACUAUGUUGGAAUACGGACUUUCCGUUACACUGUAUCUACAGAUAUUUGCAUAUCAUAAAGUAUCCUGAGUGUUUAUAUAACAGCUGAGGAGCUAAGAACAAAAAAUAAUAAUAAUAUGUUUUUCCUAGGAAUGAAACCAUUGAUUUUUACUACUUUAAUUUUGGCUUGGUGCCAGCACGUGCUCGCUGAUAGGCGUCCUAGUAAAAGUGUGGUGACCACCAAAUAUGGUGAGUUACGUGGUACCAUUGUGACUUUUCCCAAUCGACGUCUUCAACCCGUCGAAGUAUUUUUGGGUAUUCCGUAUGCAAGUGCACCUGUAGGUUCCCUACGAUUCAUGCCACCUGUGACCCCAUCUCAUUGGAAGGGUGUGAGGAAUGCGGACCAAUUUGGUUCCGUCUGUCCUCAACGUCUUCCGGAUAUUGCCAAUGAGACAGAGGCUCUUCGCAGGAUGCCUUGGGGUCGACUUCAAUAUCUUCGACGUCUGCUCCCUUAUCUCGUCAAUCAGAGCGAAGAUUGUCUCCAUCUCAACAUCUAUACGCCCGCAUCUGGUGAGUAA